AAUCACUUCCAGAUCCAUUUUUUUUCCCUGUUUGAAAGUAUAUGUAUAUAUAGCACUAGCUGGCAUUGACCCUCGUAUUCCCAGAUCCAAAGCAGAACCUUGUCUUCUUUUCUUACUGUAAAAAUGGCUGUCAAAGUUGUGGCAUGUAUACUCUUCAUUACUGCUAUCUCUGGUGCGCUGGCGAACGACCCUGAUAUGCUUCAAGAUCUAUGCGUCGCCAACCUAUCUUCAGGAAUCAAGGUCAAUGGGUUCGCGUGCAAAGACGAAGCAAAUGUCACAGAAGCUGAUUUCUUCUAUGAUGGUCUAGCAAAGCCAGGACAAAUCAACAACUCAGUAGGCUCAAUUGUAACAGGAGCCAAUGUUGGGAAAAUUCCUGGACUCAACACAUUAGGCGUAUCUCUCUCGCGCAUCGACUAUGCACCUGAUGGCUUAAACCCACCCCACACACACCCUCGUGCCACCGAAAUAAUAUACGUGCUCGAAGGUACCUUGGAUGUAGGAUUCAUCACCACCGCAAACAAGCUGAUCGCGAGAACGAUCACCAAAGGCGAUGUAUUCGCGUUUCCGAGAGGUUUGGUACAUUUUCAGAAGAACAAUGGGGACAAGGCUGCUUCAGUGAUUUCAGCUUUCAAUAGCCAGUUACCUGGUACUCAAUCAAUUGCAGUUACUCUGUUUACAGCUACUCCAGCAGUGCCUGACAAUGUUUUGACAAAAGCAUUCCACAUUGGUUCUAAAGAAGUUCAAAAGAUCAGGUCCAAGCUUGCUCCAAAGAAGUAGAGAUCAUACUUCAUGGCGUGGGAGAUCCAAAGAACUCAUGUCUGCAUGAUUACUU